UCGACAUAGAUUUAUGUUAAAAUGGUCUAACUGUUGUGCGUAGUUGUUUUCUUGUGAAAUAUCGAGCUAGCUUUUCCUGUACAGACUCAGCAGUGCACGCAACACACGGAAGGAUGCCAAUGCUGCUAUGCUCAGCAACUAUGAGGUGUACCAGCUCCUGACAGAUCUGAAGGAACAGAGAAAGGACAGUGGGAAGAACAAACACAGCGCUGGACAACAGAACCUCAACACCAUCAUGUACGAGACGCUGAAGUACCUGUCCAAGACUCCGUGCAGCAGGCAGAACCCAGAGACGGUCAAGAACUUCCUUACCACCAUGGUGCCUCACAAACUCACCAAGGCUGAGAAGCUGCAGCUACUGAACCACAGACCAGAGACUGCUGUAGAGAUCCAACUGAUGGUAGAGGAGAGUGAGGAGCGGUUGUCAGAGGAGCAGAUUGAGGAGCUCAUUCAGAAGGUCACAGACGUGCUCCCAGGCGACCCAGAACAAGAAGGCUCCGCCCCCGGCAAUGAAGCAGAGAUGGAAGAGGGCAUUGACCAAUAGCCAUGAGUCCUGAUGGAGCUUGUCUGUGACUGAGGGAGGGAGCCUGAGCUGAACAGGAGUUAAAACGGUAUAGAGAACACUGGAAAUCCACUUUCAUGCUAAUUUGGGUGGACUGGACAUGGAAGUAUGCAGAAUGGAAUACAGUCAGAUAUUACCAUUGACAGUAACAAGACUGUUCCCAUUCUUCUGUGCAUUACUAACCUACCUGUCUGCUUGGUUCAACUUCAGCUCUUACUCCUUCUGUGUUUACAGCACUGUUUCUUAACUAGUGUGUUCUGGAAUUCACUUGCACUUACAGAAUAUAUUUUCCAGUUAGUGUUCUCCUGUGCUACAUGCUUUUAUAUAGUUAGCAGAUUACAACGGGCUAAUGUGAAGCUCCAUUAACCAUUACAGGUUAGGUACUGUUUGCGGCGUAUCACAGAAUUUCCGAUCAACCUUAACUUGGCGACACUUACUCAAUUUCCGACAUGGAAAACAACCAAUGUCUUCCUAAAAACGUCAAUGUCUAGUUGCAUGGGCUUUGUUUGAAUUUAGAAAAUGCUCUGUUAUUAAAUAAAUAGUUUGCUCCAAGAAGUAAUCCAAAAAUGUGUACGCCGCCAUCUUGUCUAUUUCAAGUCUUCUCACUCAUUGAUCGAGACAGGUGAUUGUCAUCAUGACAUGCAGCACUUUGUGGUGGACACCUACCACCUCUUGAUCAAUGAGAGAAAAUGUAAAAUGGUCAAGAUGGCGACGUACACCUUGUUGGAUUACUUCAUGGAACAGAACUUUUAUUUAAUUGAAUAACCAAUUUUCUAAAUUAAAUUAUGAACUGAUGGUUCGAGGCCUGAAUGCUGAUUGGUUGAAAGCAGUUGUAUGAGACCAUAUACCAUGGGUAUGACAACGUUACAUUUUUACUGUUCAAAUUACGUUGGUAACCAGUUUAUCAUAGCAAUAAGACACCUCGGGGGUUUAUGGUAUAUGGGCUGUAUCCAGGCAC